UUUUAUUAUCUUUUAUCGUUUAUUUUUACGUAUACGUAUACAGUUACAAAGUUGUGAAAAUUAAAAAAAAAUACAUGUAUUCGUGCAACAAUAAACGUGUGUUGCAAAAAUUAGAAAGUAAUUGUAUAUAAUUUAAAUUUUUCACUGUCGAUAAUAAAAUCUUUGUUAUCCUCGGUACAGCCAAAACGGUUGGUAAUGUCAUCGUUCCCCCCUCCCCCCCGGGCCCACUUGACAGUCGCGAAAAUUCGUCUUCUGAGUUUCUGACCGACAGUCCAGUCUUUAUUUAAUAUAUUAAGUAAUAACCUCGGUCGGCGCCUUUAGCUUCUUACGAAAUCUCGUAUUUGGUAGAGUUUUCAUGAAGCUGUUGGGGAAGUUGAUCCCCGGUCAUUUGGCACAGCGACGUUGCUCUCUCGCGACAGAAUCACUUGGGUGAUCGACGAAUGACGAUUCUCACUGCCGUUGACUUGAUCCGACCUGAUCCACCUGCAGUCCCAAGAAGGAUAUCUUGGUUAUCGUUCGCGUGAAUCCACAACGAAUGAUGGAGUUUGCGUUUCGCCUGGCAGAUAUCUGCUGACCGAGAAAGAACACACAUGCUUUAUAUUGCAGCGAACCGACGUAGAGUCUCUGUCAUGACUUGAGUCGUGCCACCGUCGCGAUAACAUAUUCCGAAAUAAAUGCUCGAAGGACACCAAGGGGAGGCGGAUGAGAAGCAGUAGUUGCUGCAGCAACUCAAUCGGAAAGGAUGCCGGUCGGUGUGUUCCCAGCCCUCAAAUUGGGCGUGCUGUUCGUCAAGCAGAUCAGUAAACCCCUGGCCAAGUUUCUCGUCAAUCAGGCGAAGAGCCAUGCUAUUUUCAGGACCUAUUUCAUCAUACCGCCCGCUCAGUUUUAUCACUGGGCGGAGGUGAAGGCGAAGAUGUACGUCAUGAACCUCGGCAAGCCCACGAAGGUCGCCAAGCUGAACGAGGCCAUGGCGAUCGAACUGGGCGCCAGUCUGAUGGGCGAGUUGAUCAUCUUCAGCGUAGCCGGGGCGUGCGUGGUGCUGGAGUACAACAGGCAGGUGACGAAGGAGGCGAAGAAGGAGGAGGUCCGCCUGAUGCAGAUACAAAAGUUCACGGACGACAUUCAGGCGUUGCACAACGCCACGCUGCAGCAGGAGGCGCAAAUCCAUUAUCUGCGCAGUGCGGUCAACGAACUGGCGAGGCACACUAAGCACAAGUUAGCCGAGCCAGUGAUUGUCACGCAGCCGGCGGAUGACGGCGGUGACAACGCGAAAGACGACGCGAGGAGGAAUUCUAGUAGCAAAAACUCAACGGAUGCGAAUCCGGGAAGUGAGAGCGCAUCGUUGAUAGAGCGUGGCAUAGUAUAUUAUAACAAAGAAUUGAAAGGGAGUAAGCUUAGUUAAGCGAGGUUUUGUACUCCUUUUUUGGGAUGUACUUAAUAUGUACAUACAUACAUUUUGAAAGUGAACAGAUGUUGGCUAAUAUAUAGGUGCUGGUAUAAAAACAUUCGUAACAUUAAGCUGUACAUAACAAAAUUUGGUUCUGCGUCGUGUAUUGUAAUCUGUUUUUGGAUUGCAAUUAACUCGAUCGUGCUAGUCCUGAGCGAACGUUUAGAUAUACUUCUUCUGUAAAAAUACACCUUGGCACCUUGCCUAUAUGUACGUACAUAUAUAAUUUUAACAUAAAUGUAGAUACGUGUGAUAAUAAAAUUUACAUAAAAAUUUAUAUGUA